UUUGGUCGGAAAUCGAUUAGAUCAUCCAUGAAAUGUGUGCAUGGUCGUGUCAGUCACUACAAGAAUUUCAUCCUGUGCAGACGACACUUAUCCAGACGACACAUGUCAUCGGCAAAAGUCGCCCUAUACCGACGACAUGUCGUCGGUACAAAGGGAAAAAAAAUGUUGACCAUUAAACUUUGACCAGAAGGGUUAUACCGACGACAUGUCGUCGGUACAGACUCGGCGGAAAAGAUGAAAAAUUUGCGGUAUAUCGAAAAGCUUUACAGACGACUUGUCGUCUGAAAAAUAUUCUAAAAAAUAUUUUCCAUUUAUUUUAUUUCCUUGUAGCAGAAAUCCGAGACGACGUCGUUUUAUGCGACCUAUUCCGACGACUUGUCGUCGGUAUAGGUUGAUAAAAAUUUAAUUUCCCUUUACUUUUAAUCCGUGUCGCAGAACAUGGGAACGAUGUCGUUUUAUGCGACCUAUUCCGACGACUUGUCGUCGGUAUAGGUUGAUUAAAAUUUAAUUUCCCUUUAUUUUUAAUCUGUGUUGCAGAACAUGGGAACAAUGUCGUUUUGCGAGGCAAUACCGACGACAUGUCGUCGGUAAAAGGGGGCCCCGAUCCGCGUGAAAUCUUUUUUUUAUUUUAUUUUAUUUUUUAAUGAACUAAAGCUAUACGACGGCGUUUUGGUCGACCUAUACUGACGACAUGUCGUCGGUAUAGGGUUUCCCUGAUAACAAAACCCCCUUUCAGCUUUCAUUUUGCAGUCGCCUCACCAUUUUCUCUCACAGCUUGCAGUCGGCGAUCUCAUGGGCUAGAAGAUGAUUUCGAGUUCAUCUUCCACCAAGGUAAGGGUUUUGUUGCUUGGUUGCUUCUUAAUUUCUAAAUGUUUUGGUCCUUUAUUUGUAAUAAUAUGGAGCCCUAAAUCACAGCCCCCAUUUGUCUCUAUUGAUUGGGAAGAAGGUUCACCACCCCAUAGAAAAGGAAUUCCGUUUUUUGACCACAUUUUGAGCAAUGACGAUCGAUAAGAGUUGGAUUAGAGAGAACCUGAUGUCUUCAAAAUACUUGGAAGGUCUUAAAAACUUUAUGAAGAUUGCUGAGAAACAUGUCAACUCCAAAGGCAAAGUGCGGUGCCCGUGCAAAACGUGUGUGAAUUCGUAUCGACAUGUUUUGCCUACGGUUUAUGCCCACUUACAUGACAUUGGGUUUCUAAAAACAUAUACUACGUGGAUUCAUCACGGUGAGAAACAUGUUUUGCCUACGGUUUAUGCCCACUUACAUGACAUCGGGGUACAAAUCUGUGGGAAGCCGUUCGAGCGACUGUACAGGGCAACUGCCAAAGAGCUUAUAAACAGCACAAACAUGACGUGAAAAAUUAUUUUGAUAGUGUUGGUGGAUAUGAUGAUGUGGAAGGUGCAAGACAAACUCCACCGGAUGAUAUGGAUGAGGAAGCUUGGAAUAACAUGAUCGAUCUUCUUUUUUUGGAUGAGGGUUAUAGGAAGCAGUGCAAAGAAGGUAAAGAAAGCAGGUCCAAACUUCAAAUUACGAGUUCUCAUGGAAGUAGAACAUAUGCAGACAGACGACGUGUGGAGAGAGAAAGAGGAGAAGACCCGCAACAUAUCGACGGUUGGAGACAGAUGCGAUUUAAAGAAAGUCGGGGAUGGUGUACACCACAAGCAGAAGUCGUUUGGGAAAACAUUCAACGAGAGAAGAUGGUGAUGCAAUCACAACUCGGGGAGAAAGAAAAGCUAAAUGAAGAACAAUGUCUCGCUCGUGCCCUCGGUGAGAGACGUGGGCAUAUUCGCGGAAUUGGAAGGAAACCAAACAUCAACAAUAAUUUAUUUCCAAAUGAACAUACCAAGCGUUUCAAAGCUUCCACAUCCCAAUCUUCAGAUAAUCCCCAAGUUGCUGUAUUAUCCCAACAAAUUCAAUUAAUGAAGCAACAAAUGCAACAAAUGAACCAAAUGUUUAAUAACACUUUCGCGUCUUUCAUUCCAAACUUCCAACCACAACCAAUGCCACAAUUCCAGUUUAAUCCCAAUAUGGUUCCACAAAAUAACCCCGAAACAUCAAAUGAACUCGCGGAGGAUGAUGAUGAUGAUGAUGAUGAUGUUGAUGAUGGUGGUGAUGAUGAUGAUGAUGAUGAUGAGGAGGAGGAGGAGGAGGAGGAGGAGAACUAGAAUGGUAAUGACAACAAUGUUUGUUAAAAACUUGAUUUUUUUUUUGUUAUUUUGUUUGAUGAUGUUGAUGAUGGUGGGUAGGAGGAAAACUAGAAUGGUAAUGACAACAAUGUUUGUUAAAAACUUGUUUUUUUUUUGUUAUUUUGUUAUGUAGUAGAAUUGAAUGGUAUGUUAUGUUUAUUAAGUGCUUUUGGAUUUUAAUCAUAUAUUAUCUUAUGUUUAUAUUAUUCUGAAAAUAUUUCUUGUGGAUUUGUUUUAAAUGGUAUACAUAACAAAACUGGUGGAUGAUAUAUAAAAAAA